CGCGCGAGGAAGUGGCGCUGUUGUUUGAGCGACGGGACCGUCUCGCUGUGUCUCGUGGGUUCACCCGAACAGCAUUUACCGUGUUUCGGUGAGUUCUGCCCCUAAUGAACCGGGACUGACCGCGCUCAACAGCUUCUCGUGCCGUCCGGUCAUCAUAAUCGCGAGUGAUGGCUGCUGAGGUCAAUGGCAGCUCUGCUCUGGCUAAAGAAGAGGAGGAGCCCAUGGACGUGUCGGUCACACACUCGGAGAACACACACUCUGAGCACUACCAGACGCUGCUGGACGCGGGUCUGCCCCAGAAGGUGUCCGAGAGCCUGGACAACAUCUUCCAGACCGGGCUGGUGGCGUACGCGGAUCUGGACGAGCGAGCGCUAGAUGCGCUGAGGGAGUUUAAUGAGGAGGGAGCGCUGUCGGUUCUGCAGCAGUUCAAGGAGUCGGACCUCUCACACGUGCAGAACAAGAGUGCGUUCCUGUGUGGCGUGAUGAAGACGUACCGGCAGCGGGAGAAGCAGGGCAAUAAAGUGCAGGAGUCGACGAAAGGCCCGGACGAGACCAAGAUCAAGGCUCUGCUGGACCGGACCGGAUACACACUGGACGUCACCACGGGUCAGCGGAAGUACGGCGGCCCGCCUCCAGAUGAAGUGUUCUCCGGCCCACAGCCCGGCAUCGGCACCGAGGUGUUUGUGGGUAAGAUCCCGCGUGACCUGUACGAGGACGAGCUGGUUCCGCUGUUUGAGAAGGCCGGUGCGAUCUGGGAUCUAAGGCUCAUGAUGGAUCCGCUCACCGGGCAGAACCGCGGCUACGCCUUCAUCACGUUCUGCGGCAAAGACGCCGCGCUGGAAGCUGUCAAACUGUGUGAUAACUACGAGAUCCGCUCGGGGAAGUACCUGGGCGUCUGCAUCUCCGUGGCCAAUAACCGUCUGUUCGUCGGGUCCAUUCCCAAGAACAAGACCCGGGAGAGUAUCCUGGAGGACUUCGGCAAAGUCACCGAGGGCCUGCAGGAGGUGAUCCUCUACACGCAGCCGGACGAUAAGAAGAAGAACCGCGGCUUCUGUUUUCUGGAGUACGAGGACCACAAGUCUGCGGCCCAGGCCCGGCGCCGGCUCAUGAGCGGGAAGGUGAAGGUGUGGGGGAACCCGGUGACCGUGGAGUGGGCCGACCCGGUGGCCGAGCCCGACCCCGAGGUCAUGGCCAAGGUGAAGGUGUUGUUCGUGCGUAAGCUGGCCACGCCGGUGACCGAGGAGCUGCUGGAGAAGACCUUCUCCCAGUUCGGGAAACUGGAGCGCGUGAAGAAGCUGAAGGACUACGCCUUCGUUCACUUCGAGGAGCGCGACGCUGCCGUCAAGGCGAUGCAGGAGAUGAACGGUAAAGAGCUGGGCGGCGAGGAGAUCGAGAUCGUGUUGGCCAAGCCUCCAGACAAGAAGAGGAAAGAGAGACAAGCAGCGCGACAGACCACCAGAAACACCGGGUAUGACGACUACUACUACUACCCUCCCCCCCGCAUGCCUCCUCCGGGGCGCGGCCGCGGGCGUGGCACGCGCGGCGGAUACUCUUACCCGCCCGAUUACUACGGCUACGAGGAGUACUACGACGACUACUACGGUUACGAUUACCACGACUACCGGGGCGGCUACGACGACCCCUACUACGGUUACGACGACGGCUACACCAUGAGAGGGCGGGGCAGUCGCGGCAGCCGUGGAGCUCCGCCCCCUCCCAGAGCCCGCGCGGCUCCGCCCACCCGCGGCAGGGGCGGGUACGCUCCGAGGGGCGGGGCCCCGAUGGGGGCGGGGCGUGGCCGCGGGGGGCGUGGCGGGCCCUUCCAGCCGCCCAGGGGCCGCGGCACCAGAGGCGCGCGAGGAAACCGCGGCGGGAACGUGGGCGGGAAACGCAAGGCCGACGUGUUCAACCAGCCGGACUCGAAACGGCGCCAGACGAACCAGCAGAACUGGGGCUCGCAACCCAUCGCCCAGCAGCCCUUGCAGCAGGGCUCCGACUACGCCUCCAGCUACGGCUACAGCAACGACACGCUCGAGUUCUCCCAGGACUCCUACGGCCAGCAGUGGAAGUAGAGGCGGAGCACUCCCUCCCGCCUAGCGCUGGAUGAACUAGCGACUACGCUGCCCAGUCGACACUGAGAUCUUGAAAAUGUGACGCUUUGAAGUGGGAUUGUAAACG